AUGCAGCCGAGGAGGGAAGUUUGGGAGUAUGGCAGUAUUCCCCUUCAGUCUCUCUGUCCCCAACUGGACGGCGUCCAAUCGCUAUUGUCCUUCCAUGGGAAACUUUUCGCGCGCAGCAAGACCGGCCGGCACGGCCAACGCAUCGUGACGCCCGCUGACGUGGCACAAACCCUGGAGCUGACCACCCACCAACAAGCCCAGCCCCAGCCACCACCGCAGCUCGGCCAGGAGGAUAUCUACCUUCACGAGCUGUCCCUGUACCUCCUGGCCCAGCUCUUCUGCAAGGAGUCCCAGCGGGCGGAUGCGGUGGAGUACUGGCCCGACCCCAACAGCACCAGCUUUGCGGCGGCGGUGGCGGCGGGGGGAGGGGUGGGUGGUUUCGGAGCGGGACAGGAGCUGCUGUCGCCCACGCGUCGAUCGCAGCCGGGAGGCCGUAGCCUGCUACGUCAGCAACUCCAGGGGCAUCUCCGUGCUCAGAUCAUGGCCAUGCGUGGUUUCGGAGACUACCUCCGUCGCAACCUGAAACCCGCAGUGGAGCUGGUCCUUGAGUCCUGGCCCCCCCAGCCGGGUGCUCUGGUUUCGGAGCGGGAACUGGACCGGCUGGCGUUUGUGCUGGGGUGUACGACUGGGGGACCCCGGGGGGCUUUGGAACCGGAGCCCAUCAGCGCCGCAGUGGCCGCAGCUCACAACGGCACCACAGGGGGCCCAGCAGCACCCGGCAACCCGCCGUACACCCCCUUGCCGGUUGAGUCUGCGGUGGCCGCCCUCCGCCAGUUGUGGCAGGAGGAGUGUGUGGACUCCCCCCGCCUGCUGGCCUUGAGCACCUCCUCGAUAUCCUCCGCCAGCAGCCCGUCACCCAAGUUCCAGAGGUCCAUGGGAAUGGUCGAUGACCGUGCCAUUGCGGGUGUGUAUCGCGGCACGGUUGUUCGCGGGGAGGGGGAUCUGCCCCUCGGGGAUGUACGGAUCACGGACUGUCACGAGGCGGUCAUUUACCUGCUGGCCCCUCUGCAGGCUGCCUUCAUCAGCGGCUGCAGCGACUGCACCAUCGUGGUGGGGGCGGUGGGCAGAUUGCUGCGAGUGGAGAGGUGCGACAAGGUCCAGGUUAUCGCGGCCACCAACCGCCUGCUGGUCGCCUCGUGUCACGAGUGCUGCUUCAAUGUGGGCACCCCUCGGGGUCCCGUGCUGCAUCAUCACCGCGACGCCCGCGAUCUCCAUCUCCAUCUCCAUACACCCCGCACAGGUAAGGACCGUAAGAGUCUGGCGGGUUCUACACCCAACAGCCCGCGACUGGCUAGCAGCGGCAGUGGAAGUGCGGCGUACUCGUCCUCUGUUGCCAAGUCAAGCUUCAGUCUGCAGUCGCCGGACGAGUUUCUGCCGUUCGUGGUGCCCUUCCUGGGCAGCAAUGGGCCUCUGGCAGGUGGUGCGGCCCCCGCCAUAGCCAGUCGUUGGAACCACCUGGCCGUCUCAGCGCAACGAGGCCCAGGUCCGCUUUACCUCUUCCCGCUGCCAGCCGAGUACGAGCGAGCGCUGCAGCGGCGACUCAACCUCACUCACGAUAUGCGCAGCAAGUUCAAGCAGGCUGGUUUGACGAAGGACAAGGAGCGGGAGUUGAAUGACGCCAUUCAGAGCUACUUCAAGGAGUGGCUGGUCGGCUCCAACCUGCUGAGGCAGAUCUACGACCUGUCCACACUGGAAAAGGAGGAGAUGGCGGCGGCGGCUGCAGCCAGUGCCAGUGCCUCGGCGGUGGGGCUGUCACCCAUUCCGGGACCAGCGGGCCUGGCGGACGCGCGCUGAGAAGAUCGGAACGCGGAAGCGGAAACCUUAUGACAGCGGAGUCGACUCGGCCCACCUCAGCUCAGCUCGCCGCGCCGCGCCGGUCUCAUAUGCGGCUGUA